AGCAGCAUCAUUCGUCCUUUGGCCCUUAACCGGAGCACAGUUGCUCGAGUAUCUGCUGCUGCCGUUGCUGCUCGGAGUUACAAGAAGAAGCUGUCCUUUAUCAAAAUCGAUCCGAUUGAUCCUUGGUUGGCGUGGCGGCGUGGAGGAAUUUCAAACGCAGAGUCCCGCAUCUGAGUUGAUCGAAGAAGCGUUUCUUCGCUACUGAAGUGUUGUUAGACGGGAUCUCCGAAGUUGCUAGCAGGUCUGCUAUAUACGCGUCCAGAGGAGCCGUAUACAUAUCUAUAGGCGUUCAGCGAAUAGAACGCGCGAUAGACGCCUAUAUCUAGGUAUUUGUACCUCUAUCGGAAUAGUAGGCGUUCGAGCCGAACGAGCCGGGCUGAGCUGAGCGGCCGCAUGAUGGAUGAAACGAACAGGAACAGUGCGAAGCUAGAUAUCGAAGCGGCCAGACUGCAGUCUGCCGCAGCGGACAAAGACAAGCAGGACCACGACACCAAGGAAUCGUACAAGAAGCUCUCCGAGGCAGAACUCGAGCAACGGGUGGUCAGCGAACCAGCAUCGACGGCACAAGUACCGGUCACAGCGAAUUCGGACGGGAACGGUUCCGCAAUGGUGCGCGAAAACGGCAACUGCAAAGAUGGCGAAGACGAGCGCAUGCUCAACGGCGGCGGCGGUGGCGGCGAUGCCGAAAAGGAGAAACUGACCCAGAAGGAAGUCGAGGUGAAAUUCGUUCCGGAGAAGAAUGGCGACGCCCGGAUCGACAUGGAGGUGGAAAGCGAGCAAACCUUCUCCGGGAUGACCAAGGAAGAGCUGAUGAAGUUCGCCAACGAUCCGUUCUGGGUGCGGCUCCGUUGGUUCCUGUUCGUGGUAUUCUGGGCCCUAUGGGUGGCCAUGCUGCUCGGGGCGGUCUACAUCAUCAUGGAUGCGCCCAAGUGUGCCGCUCCGGUACCGCUGACUUGGUACCAGGAGGGACCGCUGGUGACGGUUGACGAGCGCAACUACAAGGACCACGUCGACACGCUGGCCAAGUUUGGAGCCAAGGGUGUCAUCUACGAGCUGCCGGCCGACGAAACGUACCUCGUCAGCACGGACCCCGCCAUCGAGGACAAGAUUAAAGAGCUGGUCGGAACGUUCAA